AAGUUGUUCAUUCACGUCUUGAAUCCAAGCACCGAGUGCUUGCUCUUAAGUGUUAGUUGUAAUUCUCCUUCAAAUUGCAGCUUCUCGUAUUUUCAUGUUCAUUUUCUUUGCUUAAUUGAUUAGUUUUGCUCUUGGAGUUUAGUUGGAAACUUCAUAUAUUCCGGGUCCAAAGAUAGAGGAAGUUGAGAAAUGGGUACAGGAGAAAUCAGGUCAUCUGAAGGUGCGCCUGAGACACCAGCAAGUUUAGAUGGAGUUUGCAGUGCGAGUCAGGGGAAAAAGCUCAGUGUGUACUUCAUUGAGUCUGAUAAUAGGCGAAUGGCGCUUGGCCGUGGUUACACUGGAGGAACAACUCCUGUUAAUGUCCAUGGAAAACCUAUUCCUGAUCUCUCAAAAACUGGAGGUUGGAUUGCAGCCCUCUUUAUUUUUGGGAAUGAAAUGGCAGAAAGAAUGGCUUAUUUUGGACUUUCUGUUAAUAUGGUGGCAUUUAUGUUUUAUGUUAUGCAUAAACCAUUUUCAAGUUCAUCCAAUGCUGUCAACAACUUCCUUGGAAUAUCACAAGUAUCCUCUGUGCUUGGUGGUUUUCUUGCUGAUGCUUAUCUUGGUCGAUACUGGACAAUAGCGAUUUUCACAACCAUUUAUCUUGCGGGUCUGACAGGAAUAACCUUAUGUGCGACUAUGAAAAUUUUCACGCCAAACCAAGAGUGUGAUAUGAUAGCCUUGCUUCUAGGCAAUUGUGAAUCAGCGAAAUCUUGGCAGAUGAUUUACCUCUACACAGUUCUCUACAUAACUGGAUUUGGAGCUGCGGGUAUAAGGCCUUGUGUCUCUUCAUUUGGGGCUGAUCAAUUCGAUGAAAGAAGUGAAGAUUACAAGACUCGCCUCGAUAGAUUUUUCAACUUUUUUUACCUUUCUGUCACUGUUGGGGCGAUUGUGGCUUUCACUUUGGUAGUCUACAUUCAAAUGACACGUGGGUGGGGAUCUGCCUUUGGCUCAUUGGCAAUAGCCAUGGGCAUAUCAAACAUGUUAUUCUUCAUUGGUACACCAUUAUACAGGCACAGGUUGCCAGGAGGCAGCCCUCUAACCAGAGUUGCCCAAGUCCUGGUGGCUGCUUUUCGUAAGAGAAAAGCCUCUUUCUCCAGCAGUGAGUAUAUAGGCCUUUAUGAGGUUCCGGGAAAACAUUCUGCUAUAAAGGGCAGUGGAAAGAUACCUCACACCGACUCUUUGAGAUGUUUAGACAAGGCAGCAUUGCAACUGAAGGAAGAUGGUCCAGAUCCAAGUCCCUGGAGGCUGUGUACAGUAACUCAAGUUGAAGAAGUCAAGAUCCUUAUCAAACUUAUCCCCAUCCCAACUUGCACAAUUAUGCUUAGUGUCCUCCUGACAGAAUUUUUAACUCUCUCAGUUCAGCAGGCCUACACUUUAAACACCCACAUGGGGAAACUAAAACUUCCUGUAACAUGUAUGCCAGUCUUUCCUUGUCUCAGCAUAUUCCUCAUUCUAUCCCUCUACUACUCCAUCUUUGUUCCUAUCUCUCGGCGCUUCACUGGGCACCCUCAUGGAGCCUCCCAGCUCCAGAGAGUAGGCAUAGGCCUGGCAGUCUCUAUCCUCUCUGUCACAUGGGCAGGCAUCUUCGAGAGGUACAGAAGAAACUACGCAAUAAAACAUGGUUUCGAGUUCAAUUUCCUGAGCCCUAUGCCUGACCUAAGUGCAUACUGGCUCCUUAUCCAGUACUGCCUCAUUGGCAUAGCCGAAGUAUUCUGCAUAGUGGGAUUGCUUGAAUUCCUGUAUGAAGAAGCCCCAGAUGCAAUGAAAAGCAUAGGCUCAGCCUAUGCAGCUCUAACCGGAGGAUUAGGCUGCUUUGUUGCAUCAGUUUUGAACACCAUUGUCAAAUCUUCAACUGGAGAUCCUGACAAGGGCAAACAAUCUUGGCUGUCACAGAAUAUAAACAUGGGAAGAUUUGAUUAUUUGUAUUGGGUGCUUGCACUUCUGAGUGUGGUAAACUUUGUUGCAUUUUUAUAUGCAGCUCAUAGGUAUAAGUAUAGAUCAGAAAUGAAGGUUACAGUGAUGGAGAACAAACUGAUUUCUUCAUCGAUGGAAGUUAAUUAGAGAAUUUCCAUUUUUCUAUUUCCAAAUAGUGAUGAAUUUUCUUUGAGAAAAAUGUGAAUUUUACUUGAGGAUAGCAAGUGUGAAAAUUGAACUAAGUUUUGUUGUUUGAUUUGUAAUCUUUUGAUUAUGCUCCAA